AUGACUCGAUUAAAUCUUCAAGUAAAUUACUUGACUCAAGAGCAUCUCACUGGUUUUGAAAAUUACAAGUACAGCUGCUUGGAUACCAGUCCUCUCAGCAUUUAUGUUAUGCACCCAUGGUGGAACAAGGUUAUCACUUGGUGUCCAAAAUGGGUAGCUCCAAACUUGUUAACCUUCUCAGGAUUCCUCUUCACAGUAGUGAACUUCCUAAUGUUCGCCUACUACGACUACUAUUACUACGCAUCGAGUGAUGACCACCCGGAAUACCCAGCGAUACCGCAACUGGUAUUUCUGCUAGCUGCAUUCAAUAUCUUCAUGGCGUACACCUUGGACGGGAUCGACGGUAAGCAGGCGCGACGAACCCAGACCUCAGGACCCUUGGGAGAGCUGUUCGACCACGGGCUGGACAGCUGGACCGCGAUGCUGAUAACAGUAUGCAUAUACUCAGUAUUCGGUCGUACCGAGCACAGUAUCCCUCCUCUGAGGAUGUACUUCGUCCUCUGGAACAUCAUGAUAAACUUCUACCUGAGUCACUGGGAGAAGUACAACACCGGAGUAUUAUUUCUUCCCUGGGGCUACGACGCCUCCAUGCUAGCUACAAUCCUGCUGUUCAUCGUCACCGGCAUCCUGGGCCACGGCUUCUGGAAAAUGGACCUUCCCGGAGGUUUCAACGCUGGCAUGCUCUUCGAAGUUGUUCUCUACGUAAGUGCGAUGGUCUCAAACGUCCCCGUCAUCAUAUGGAACAUCAUAAAGUCUUACCGAGACAAGACCGGGAAAAACCGGAGCUUCAUCGAAGCAAUGAGACCUCUAGUGCCUCUUGUUAUAUUAGUCAGCAUUUCGACAUACUGGGUGACACACUCUCCGACAAACAUUAUGGAUAAAGACCCGAGGAUUAUCUACUUCGCAACUGGGACGAUAUUUUCCAAUAUCUGCAGCCGUCUAAUCGUGUCGCAGAUGAGCAACAUCAGGUGCGAAAUCCUGCCCUGGAUCCUGCUGCCGCUGGGUGUUGCGGUAAUUUUUUCCUACGUAGCGCCCAGCUACGAUUUACAAAUAAUGUACUUGACUGCUCUAGUUGCCCUCGCUGCUCACAUACACUACGGGAGCUGUGUGGUGCGCCAGAUGUGUCAACACUUCCGUAUAAACACAUUCCGCAUUCGCGAACAUUCAGAAUGA